CAGAGCAUUCAAUUGGCCACAAAUCAAAACAGAUGAUGCAAAGGCUCUUCAUAGCUAUUCACUGUUUCUCACUGGUUGUAACAAUGCAAUGCAAGACAUCAGUCAACUGCAAGAGAUGGAGAUCCCCACGAACCUCAGAGUUAUUGUCUCUAAACUGCCAUACAAAAUGAGAGAAAUGUGGAGAGUCUCUGCCUUUGACAUUCAAGAAACAAGUGGAAGGAGAGCAAAGUUCUCAGAUCUGGUUAGAUUCAUAAACAGACAAGCAAAAAUAGCUGCAGAUCCUUUGUAUGGUGACAUUAAGGAUGCUGAAGACAAAGCAAAGUCAUCUGCAAAUGUGAGAAUGACUAGAUCAUCCAGGCAAAGGGGAAGCACAUUUGCUACAAGUGUAACACAAGCUGCAAAUGAAAGGUCACCUGAAAUUAAUAAAAGUGCUUCUUGUCACACUAGCAAUGCCUUCCAGAAACCAUGCAUAUACUGUGAAAAACUCCAUACACUGGCAGAAUGUCAAAAGGUCAGAAACCAGCCUUACAAAGAAAGACUAGAGUUCCUUAAAGCAAAGGGUCUGUGCUUUGCAUGUCGGACACAAGGUCAUCUGAGUAAGGACUGUAAGAAAAGAUCAUUGUGUGAGUACUGCUCUAAGAGACAUCCAAGUAUGCUUCAUUGGACAAAGGAGGAGGACAGUAAGGCAGAAGAUUGCAUCCAGAGAAAUGUCUCAGACAUUCCCACAACAAGUGAUGAAACACACACUUCAGGCAGAAUUUGUGGAGCCACAGGGGCCGGAAAAGGCAUUCAUGUGUUAUCGAUCAUUCCUGUGUGGGUUAAGUUGAAGAAAGGCAAUAAGUUGAUUGAGACUUAUGCAUUCAUGGACAAUGGGAGCCAAGCCACGUUUUGUUCAGAAAAGCUGAUGAGACAACUGGGUGUAGAAGGUAAGAAGACAAAAUUCAUGCUUCGCACAAUGGGACAAGAAAAGAUGGUGACAAGUUACCACCUGUCAGGAUUAGAAGUGUGUGGUUUAAAUGAGAACACCUACAUAGAUCUUCCUGACAUUUACACUCAUGCAGACAUUCCAGUGUCUAGAGAGAACAUCCCUACACAGGAUGACUUAAAAAGGUGGCCACAUCUUCGGCAAAUCAAGUUCCCACAUUCAGACGCAGACAUUGGACUUUUGAUAGGAUGUGAUGUGCACAAGGCUAUGGAACCAUGGGAGAUUAUUCAUAGUAACGAUAACGGUCCAUAUGCUGUUCGAACAGUCCUGGGUUGGGUUAUCAAUGGCCCUCUCAAGAGAGAUUCUUGCUCUACUCCUUCUGACAGAGAGCUGAGUGUUUCAGUAAAUCGCAUCUCUGUCACUAAUGUUGAGAAUCUUUUGAUGCAACAGCUCAACUAUGAUUUUCCAGAGAAAGCUUCUGAGGAAAAACAGGAAAUGUCACGAGAAGACAUCAUGUUUAUGGAUUCUGUCAAUGGCACAGCUGGAAGGAUUAAUGGUCAUUAUAGCAUAGGUCUUCCUUUGAGAAACAAAGCUGUCAAAAUGCCAAACAACCGCAGUGCAGUAAUGCAGAGGGCAGAGAAUCUGAAAAGAAAAUUAAUCAGAAACACAGAGUUUCACAAGGAGUAUCAGAGCUUCAUGUCUGACUUGCUGAAUAAAGGCUACGCAGUUCAGGUACCAAACACAAAGACUACCCCUGAAAAUGAGAGAGUUUGGUACAUACCACACCAUGGGGUGUACCACCCCCAGAAAAGAAAACUCCGUGUAGUUUUUGACUGUGCAGCAUCCUUUCAAGGGAAAUCACUGAACGAAGAACUCUUGCAGGGGCCAGACCUAACGAACACACUGAUUGGGGUACUAACAAGGUUUAGGUGGGAUCACAUUGCCUUGAUGUCAGACAUAGAAGCUAUGUAUCACCAGGUGCGAGUACCUCCAGAGGACAGUGAUCUUUUGCGUUUUCUCUGGUGGCCAGAUGGGAACUUGAAUGAACCUCUGCAAGAAUACAAAAUGAUGGUGCACUUGUUUGGGGCAACAUCCUCCCCAAGCUGUGCAAACUAUGCACUAAACAAAGCAGCAGAAGAUGCUAAAGAAAAAAUGCCACUAGCAGCAGUUAAUGCUGUUCUGAACAAUUUUUAUGUAGAUGAUUGUCUUCUGUCAGUUUCAGAUGAAACAGAGGCAUGUACUAUGGUCAGGGACCUGACUGCAUUGUGUGAGAGUGGAGGAUUUCACUUAACAAAGUGGAUGAGCAACAGCAGAGUUGUCCUUGCUUCUAUUCCUGAAAAGGAAAGAGCAAAAGAGAUUAAAGAUUUGGAUUUGAGACAUGAUGCACUACCAGAUGAAAGAGUCUUAGGAGUGAACUGGUGCACAGAGGCAGAUGUAUUCAAGAUCAGGAUAACUGAAAAACCUGUGCCAAAGACUAGGCGAGGCAUCCUGUCAUUUGUAAGUGCAAUAUAUGACCCAUUGGGCUUUUUGUCUCCUGUCAUUCUGACAGCAAAAAUCAUCCUGCGAGAGCUAUGUGGCAGGAAGAUCUCAUGGGAUGAGGAAAUCCCAGCUGAACUGGCUUAAAGGUCACAAGUUUGGCAUUCAGAGCUUUCAAAACUUCAUGGCUUUACCGUCAACAGGUGUUUGAAACCUGCUGGAUUUGGAGUGGUCAUAUCUACACAAUUGCACCACUUCGCUGAUGGCAGUGAGAGAGGUUGUGGAGACGUUACUUACCUCCGUAUCACAAACCAGAAAAGAGAAACUCACUGCUCAUUCAUUUUUGGCAAGUCCAGAGUGUCCCCUCUGAAGCAGAUGACAAUUCCACGUCUGGAGUUGACAGCAGCUGCAGUUGCUGUAAAAAUGCACAAGCUCAUGAGAAAGGAGCUGCAAAUGCCACAAGAAGAAUCUGUGUUUUGGUCUGACAGUACCACUGUUUUAAAGUACAUUUCCAGCGAGAACAUCAGAUUUAAGACAUUUGUAGCAAAUAGAGUGUCACUUAUUAGAGACAACACAAAACCAAGUCAGUGGAUGUAUGUGAACUCUGAAUUAAACCCUGCUGACCACGCUUCAAGUGGAAUGAACACAGACACAUUCAUGAAGUGUUCAAACGGGAUUGCUGGGCCAGAGUUUUUGACAAAAGAUAAGAAAAACUGGCCAAUUCCACCGGACAUUAAAGAAACACCAAAAAAUGAUGUUGAACGUCAAAGAGGUGAUGAGUGUGGAUGUUACAAAAUUACAUGAAAAUCCAGUAAACAAACUGAUCUCUCACUAUUCAGACUGGUACCGUCUAAAAAAGGCAGUUUCCUGGAUACUUAUGUUCAAGCAGCUGCUUCGCAGGUUAAGUGCACAUCGGAAGCUUCUCAUGUCACAAGCAAGUGGCUGUGAAAGCAGCAAAAGGAAAUCUGAAAAGGUUGCAGGUCAAAUGCAGCAGUUCAAAAAAUGUAUUAAGGGAUCUUCACUUACUACUGCAGAUGUUGCAAAGGGAGAAACUGAGAUUGUUAAGUUUUGUCAAAAUCAAAGCUUCGCAGAAGAAAUUGCAAGUCUUCAAAAAGGUGACAAGCUUAAAAGGAGCAGUCACAUUGUGAAGCUGGAUCCUUUUGUCCAGGAUGGAGUUUUAAGGGUUGGCGGUAGGUUGCAUGAGUCUGCACUACCAGCCGAUGUUAAGCAUCCAGUGAUUCUCCCUAAAGGUCAUCAUGUUUCUACUUUGAUUCUGAGACACAUUCACCAAGAAACAGGUCAUGGAGGAAGGAAUUACACAUUAUCCAGGCUGAGAUUCUGGAUUCCACAGGCAGAUUCAGCAAUAAGAAAGAUCCUGUCAAAGUGUGUAACAUGUAGAAGGACAUCUGCGAAACCUGGUGAACAAAGAAUGGCAAACUUGCCACAAGAUCGCCUGAUUCCUGACAAACCUCCAUUCACAAAGUGGGCAUAGACUAUUUUGGACCUUUUGAGGUCAAGCAUGGGCGCAGCAGAGUUAAGCAAUAUGGUGUAUUGUUUACAUGUCUUGCUGUUAGAGCAAUACACAUAGAAGUUGCCCACUCACUUGAGACUGAUUCUUGCAUAAAUGCAUUCAGGAGGUUUAUUGCAAGACGAGGUCAAGUGUCUGUCAUGAGAUCAGACAAUGGCACUAACCUUGUGGGUGCAGAAAAGGAAAUGCGUGAAGCAAGCAAGGGAUGGAAUCAUUCAAAAAUCUCAGAAAUGCUCAUGGAAAAGGGCAUCACCUGGAUAUUUAACCCCCCAGCAUGGUCACAUUUUUGGAGGAAUCUGGGAGAGGCAAAUUCGCUCAGUUAGGAGAAUUCUUAACCAGAUCCUAAAGCAGCAACCUCUGGAUGAUGUAUGUUUGCGGACAUUGCUAUGUGAAGUUGAAGCAUUUGUCAACGGCAGGCCAAUAACAAGAGCGGCUAAUGACCCCAAUGAUUUAGACGCACUUACACCCAAUCAUCUACUUCUUCUUAAAGGGCAGCCAGUACUGCCACCUGGAUUGUUUCAAAGAGAGGACUUGUAUGCAAAAAAAAAAAGGUGGAGACAGGUGCAGUACCUGUCAGACAUUUUUUGGAAGCGUUGGAAUAAAGAGUAUUUGCCGCUUCUACAAGAAAGACAGAAGUGGUUAGUGACUAGGAGAAAUCUGAGACCAGGAGAUGUUGUUCUCAUAGUUGAUGACAGUGCACCAAGAAGUUCCUGGUUAAUGGGAAAGGUUGAGAAAUCAGUUCCAGACUCACAUGGACUUGUCAGACGUGUUUGUCAAAACCAAAACGAGCGUUUUGGAGAGGCCUAUCGACAAGUUAUGUUAAUUGCUUGAAAUGGAGGCAACAGUUUGAAUCUCAGCCUCAUGUGUAACAGAUUUAUGUUCAACACAUAUGACUUAUGUUUCAUAUAAUGUUUGGUUAAGCCAGUUAGAUUCUGAGUGUUGAUAUUAAAUGACGCUUUAUUGUGUUAAUAUGUAAUUGUUAUGCCUUAGCAGUAAGAAUUAGGGGCCGGAAUGUUAGCGCCAUUUAUAGUUAUUACAUGUUUUAUUUUGAAAAGCCUGAAAAGGAUAUGAUGCUUCUUUUGUGAAAAGUUUGUGAGAAAUAAAACAAGCGAAUGGCGGAGCGACACGAUGGUUUUACCGUCGUUGUUGCACAAACCGACGCGUAAAACAGCCUCUUGUCCAUCCAGACUCUUAUUUUAGAUAUAAGAGAAAUAGAGAACUCCAAGAAGAAACAAAGAUUGUUAAUACUGAUUGUAAUGGCUAUCAUUAUGUGAUCAGCAGCUCUUCACAGACACUGGGUCAGUUCAUCCGCCAGCACAUUUAACACACAUAAAGCAGCAAGGCAGCAGUUCUCUAUAAAAUGUUCACA